AAGUAAAUUGAGGAUGAAAAGGGUAGAUGAACUGAUCUUCUUUAAAUGCCCUGCUUCCUCUCUCACCGCCACCAGAGCCACUUCCGGCGACGGCGGCGAUGGAGUCCAACAAGGGCGGCCUCAAGGGAUUCUGGAAGCGGCGUGGCUACCACCGGAGUGACGGAGGCGUUACUUCCCGCAGGCGCCUCAUCGACACCGUGGAGCUCGGCGGAGGGGGAGAAAGGAUCCCCCCGCGCCGCAGCCGCCGCGCUCGGCUCUCACGGAUCAAGAUCUACCCCCGCAUCGCCUUCCUGCGCCUCCGCCGGGCAGCUUCCCCCAGACGGAUCCUCGGCCGGAUCCGCGACGCCUACGUGCGGAUGAUGCUCAAGCUCUCCAAUGCCUUCCCCCGCGACAUCUACGGCGAGGAGGGGUUUGGGAUGCAGCCGAUGGGGAAAGAAUACGACGAGAAGGUGCUCUUCGAGACCUACAAGGCGGUCAUGAGCAGCUCGGCGUGCACUGCCUCCGUGGCCGGCCUUGCGAUGCCCUUCUAGGCGGCCGGCUGCGGCCCAGUUUCUCCGGCGAUUUCCCCAUUUCGCUCUCUUUAACAACUAGUUGUUGAUUCGAUUCCAGUUGCUGUCGUUUUGUUCAUAAAAGUCAUUUUAUUUUUUUUUAUAAAACAAAAAGUAAGCAAUAACUCGUCAACAUUUUAGGUUUUACAUUUUCUAUUGUUCGAUAAUUAGAAAAUGUAAUUAUCUCCUGUCCCUGUCU